AUGAGUGCCGAACAAGCGAAAAAGAGAACUUUGUUGGCAGUCAUUGGGGAUGAAGAUACCAUCACUGGUAUGCUUCUUGCUGGAAUUGGACAAAUUGAUAACGAUGCUGGUGAAGACUAUAAGCAAAAGAACUUCUAUGUGGUGGAUGCGAAGACUACUGACGAGCAGAUUGCUAGCUGUUUCGACCACUAUACCAUUGACAGAGACGAUAUUGCGAUUUUGUUGAUCAAUCAACAUUUGGCCGAAAGAAUCAGAUACAAGGUGGAAGACUACACUGCGGCCUUCCCAGCAGUAUUAGAAAUCCCAUCAAAAGACCAUGCCUAUGACCCAGAAAAGGAUAGUGUCUUGAAGAGAGUCAAGAGACUUUUUGGAGAGUGA